AUGGCAUCGACUCAACCAACUCUAGCAGCAGCAGGAUCACCUCCACCUCCCCCACCAAAGAAGCAGCCAUUGUGGCACACGUUCGUGUCAGGUGGUGUCGCUGGUGUCAGUGAGAUCUUGGUCAUGUACCCAUUGGACGUCGUCAAGACUAGAGCACAGUUGCAUGUUGGUCAGGGUGGCUCAAUGUUCACCGCUCUCAUGCAGAUGAUCAAGCAGGACGGUCUCGGAAUGUACAGAGGAAUUCUGCCGCCUAUCCUCGUCGAGGCACCCAAGCGUGCCAUCAAGUUCGCCUCCAACAAGUUCUACGAGGAGAAGAUCCUAGCAUUCUACGGAAAUGCAAGACCAACUCAGGGACAGGCUAUUGGUGCUGGUGUCCUGGCAGGUAUUACAGAGGCCUUUAUUGUGGUCCCAUUCGAGCUCGUCAAGAUUAGACUGCAAGCCAAGGAGAAUGCUGGAAAGUAUAGAAACACUAUGGACUGUGUCAGCAAGAUUGCUCAACAAGAGGGAUUGGGUGGAUUCUUCAAGGGAUUGGAAUCGACACUCUGGAGACACGCACUCUGGAACGGUGGUUACUUUGGACUGAUUCACUCUGUCAGAGCAGUGCUGCCCAAGCCACAGAACGAGCGUCAAUCAUUGAUGAACAACUUUAUUGCUGGAGGCAUUGCCGGUACAUUCGGAACCGUUCUCAACACCCCUGCCGAUGUCGUCAAGAGCAGGAUUCAAAACGCUGGCAAAACUGGAACCAAAUACGUCUGGUGCAUUCCAUCAAUGGUCACCAUCAUGAGGGAGGAAGGAUUCAUGGCACUGUACAAGGGAUUCUUGCCAAAGGUACUCAGACUCGGACCUGGAGGUGGUAUCCUGCUCGUUGUCAACGACUUCAUUUCCAAGUUGCUCUCUGGUCAGAGAUAA